AUGGAAGCUUGGGGGUAUCUUAGACAACAGAAAGGAAGGCUCUACAUCAUUAGGAGAUGUGUAAUCAUGCUUCUCUGCUGGCAUGACUAA